AGAUCUGAGGGAGAGAGAGAGAGAUGCAAGAAUGAGAGUGACAGAGAUCCUAGAGAAGGAGAGAUCCUAAAGAAAGAGAGAAGAGAAAUUCAAAAGAGAGAGAUCCUAAAGAAGGGAGAGAGAGAGAGAAGGGAGAGGGGGGGGGGAGAAAAGAGGGAGAGAGAGAUCUUCAAGAGAGAGAUAGAGAUCUUCAAGAGAGAGAUAGAGAUCUUCAAGAGAGAGAUAGAGAUCUUCAAGAGAGAGAUAGAGAUCUUCAAGAGAGAGGGAGGGAGAGAGGGAGAGAUCUUCAAGAGAGAGAGAGAGGGAGAGAUCUUCAAGAGAGAGAGAGGGAGAGAUCUUAGAGAGAGGAAGAGAUCUUCAAGAGAGAGAGGGGGAGAGAUCUUCAAGAGAGAGAGGGGGAGAGAUCUUCAAGAGAGAGAGGGGGAGAGAUCUUCAAGAGAGAGAGAGGGAGAGAUCUUCAAGAGAGAGAGAGGAAGAGAUCUUCAAGAGAGAGAGAGGGAGAGAUCUUCAAGAGAGAGAGAGAGAGAGGGAGAGAUCUUCAAGAGAGAGAGAGGGAGAGAUCUUCAAGAGAGAGAGAGGGAGAGAUCUUCAAGAGAGAGAGAGGGAGAGAUCUUCAAGAGAAAGAGAGGGAGAGAUCUUCAAGAGAGAGAGAGGGAGAGAUCUUCAAGAGAGAGAGAGGGAGAGAUCUUCAAGAGAGAGCGAGGGAGAGAUCUUCAAGAGAGAGAGAGGGAGAGAGAUCUUCAAGAGAGAGAGAAAGAUCUUCAAGAGAGAAAGAUCUUCAAGAGAGAGAAAAAGAUCUUCAAGAGAAAAAUCUUCAAGAGAGAGAUCUUCAAAAGAGAGAGAAAGAUCCAAAAGAGAAAAGGCAUCCUAAAGAGAGAUUUUAAAGAAAGAGAAAGAUCUUAAAAAGAGAAAAAGAGAGAUCUUAAGGAGAGAGAGAUAAAGAUCUUAAGGAGAGAGAUAGAGAUCUUAAGGAGAGAUAGAGAUCUUAAAGAGAGACAUCCUAAAGAUAGAGAGAGAUAUACCAAAGAGAGAAAGAGAUCCUAA